GCCGCCGGGGAGGGGGCUGCGGGCCCCUCUGGCACGCCAACUCUGCUGCUCUGGAGGAUUCACGCGCGGUAAGGAGAUUGAUACCCUACCUCUGAUGAAACCAUGACCAGGUGGGCACGAGUUACUACCACACAUAACAAACGACCCUUGUCUGCAACAUCAUGGGAGGAUAUGAAGAAGGGGUCCUUUGAGGAAAAAAGUCAAAACCUACCAAAGAGUAAACAACUUGAAGCCAAUAGGCUGUCCCUUAAAAAUGACGCACCCCAAGCAAAACACAAAAAGAACAAAAAGAAAAAGGAGUACUUAAAUGAAGAUGUGAAUGGAUUUAUGGACUACCUGAGACAAAACUCACAGAUGAUUCACAAUGGGGAGAUGAUAGCAACAAACAGUCAGGAAGUAAGGGAAGAAAUUGCAGUUGCUUUAAAGAAAGAUAGUCGCAGGGAAGGAAGACGAUUAAAAAGACAAGCAGCAAAGAAAAAUGCAAUGGUAUGUUUUCAUUGUAGAAAACCUGGCCAUGGGAUUGCAGAUUGCCCAGCCACCCUUGAGAAUCAAGAUAUGGGCACUGGAAUAUGUUAUCGGUGUGGAUCUACAGAGCAUGAAAUAACCAAGUGCAAGGCUAAAGUAGAUCCAGCUCUUGGUGAAUUUCCUUUUGCAGAAUGUUUUGUUUGUGGGGAAAUGGGGCACCUGUCCAGAUCUUGCCCUGAUAAUCCCAAAGGAGUCUAUGCUGAUGGUGGCUGCUGCAGACUUUGUGGCUCUGUGGGACAUUUUAAGAAGGAUUGCCCUCAAAGUCAGAAUUCAGGUGAGAUCUCUGGGCUUCCAUUGAGUAGAGAUCAAAUGAUUACAGUUGGUCGCUGGGCAAAGGGAAUGAGUGCUGACUAUGAAGAAAUUUUGGAUGUGCCUAAAUCACAGAAACCCAAAACAAAGAUACCUAAAGUUGUUAAUUUUUGAUGAUGAUUGGUACUGUCAUAAGUUACUGUCUCAUAGUAACAUUCGGAACUGGGCCUUCUUCACAGGUUGGAGCUGGGCUCCCUUGAGAGGCCUUUAUUGCAGAUAUCAGUCUGAUCUGGGUGUGGCCAAGUAGUUUCCUGAGUUCUGUCCAUCAAGGAGUAGUCUACUGCUUGAAGAAAAUCACUGAUUAAAAGCAUAAGAUGCUUAAAUUGGAUUCUUUAAAAGAACUUGUUAAACAGAACCUAUGUAUAACUAAGUGGUUAUAUAUCUAAUUGUAACAGUCACCUUUUUCUUAAAAACAAAAUUAUGCAGCCCUGGCCAGGUGGCUCAGUUGGUGAGAGCCUCGACCCGUAUGCCAAAA